AUGUUCUUCAAAGCCAGAGAUUGGAUCCAUUCGAUGGAGGAGAAACCGGCACCACAGAAUAAAAACUCACUUCAAGAUACGCAUAUUGACGCGCUUGGUAACAAUGAUGAAGGCCAGCUUGACAGACUUGUGUACCUUGCCGCUGAGCUUGGCGGCACGUUCAGUGACCAUGUCACAAGCAUCACGAACAAGUUUCACUUCCGUAUUCUUGAUAACAAUCGAUCCGAAGUUCUUGUUCUCUCCACCAUCACUUGCUUUUCCGGCAAGAGUACGAAGAUUGAUGCAUUGGUUGGGUAUUGGGCACUCGACACACAGAUACUUCUUCAGAGAAUCGUAGCGAGUCUUGUUGUCAUCGACAAGCAUCACAACGAGCAUAUGGACAUCAGCACCAGCGACUUCCUUGACUGCACUCUUGACACCUUCCAAAUACUCAGUAAUCGGUUGGCCAUCCUUCUCGAAUUCACUCAAUGGGCUGAUACUCCAAUCGAGUCUUGUGAAGCGAUGAAGCUUGUUGUUGUACAAGGUGAUGAUGGUGGAGCCUCCGAACAUCUCAUUCAUCUUCUCCUGAACUCGUGGGCGAUUUCCCUGACAUGCUUGCAUCUCCUUCUUGAGAAGGUCGUACAUCGAGUCUCUGCGAACCAUCUUGAAACGAUUCUCGACACAGAGCAUCAGCUGGUUUUCGUACAUGCGAAUUGCAGUCUCAAAUCCCGGGAGGAUACUCAUGUUGUACUCUCGAACGUUUCUGGCGUCCUUGGAGUUGAAAUAGUGACGACCAAGUUGAGUCAGUUUGAGCUCAUCGAAGCAACGACGGAUGAUUGUGUUGAAGAUGUUGAUAGUUUGCGCAUUGUCCAACAAGAACCGAUUGGUUUGCUUGAAGAUGACUCUGAUCAGGUCUCCAGUGAGGGGGUGUGGGACUUCGAUUUCUUGCUGAAAUUUAGAAAAAUCAAUAAUUUCAAUCGAAAUUCCAUAGGAAACUCACAUUCUGCUGCCAUUCUUCCGUCAGGUAGAGAAUCAUUCCGUCGAAGACGUGGAAUCUGCCGAUCUCUUCAGUCACAUUCUCAUGGAGCAGCAUUGUCUCUCUCAUAUGCUUCGAAUCCACUUGAGGAUGGAACUCGACAUGAAAUUGAUAGAUGCUGUAGUCGGCUUUCUCCAUUUCAAUCGGGAUAA